UGCAGCAACCACUGUCCUAUUUUUAGGCCGUUGUCUCACCUCCACAUACACAGCAGAAGCCGGCACAACCAACACAGCACAACACAGCACACCAACACCAACACCAACAACACAAACACAACAGCCAGCACCAGCGACGACGAUGUUUGCUGGGCUGAAGAAGAAGGUGAUUGAACGCACGGCUGCGGAGGAGGAGGAAAAGACAGAGUCCUCCGCGAGCACAGGUGCCACUGACACGAAGCAGAAGGAAGCGCAACCGGCCGGAAACGGAAAGCAACCGCAAACCACCACCGAUCCCGCAACCGCUGACACUGAACCCGCAUCUUCAUCCUCAGCCAACAAGGCCGAUACCAGCGAUGCCAGUGCCACUGACAAGACGCCCAAGCCAAAGAAGGCCGGCGGCAUGUUCUCCUCCUUGAAGAAGCGCAUGGAGGGCGCCGUGAAGGAUGCGACCAAGCCAAAGGACCUCCCGAAGCAGGGCUCUGACACGAGCCUGCCGGGUUCCAACAAGGCCGCUGCACCGGGAGCCAUCACCGCAGAGGCGUACCAGAAGCAGGUGAAACGGGUUGAGAAGUACAAGCAGCGAUUGGCUGAGGCGCAGGCAGAGAGACAGGCGCUCGCCAACCAGCUGGAGGAGCAGCAGGAGCAGGUCCGCGUCUUCCAGACACAGGUGCAAGCGCUGAAGAUCCAGAACAACGAGAUGGCGGAGGCGCAGGAGCAAAACCGCGUCCUGCAGAGCCAGGUUGCAGCGCUGCGGGUUGAGCUCGGGGGUGCUGAGGAGAAGAUGGAGGAGCGACGAGUGCUGCAGUCGCAGGUGGAGGCACUUAAGGUCGAGUUGCAGCAGCAGGCGAACGCAGCAGCCGGCGCACAGGCCGACAGGGAGGAGCAGGCGAAGGUUAAGGCGGAGAGGGAAGGGCAGGACGUGGAGGCAACAAAGGCGAAGCUGGCACGGCACGAGAAGCUGCUGGCCAAAUGCAAGGAAACAAUCAAGUCGUUCAAGGAGCAGGUCGCGUCGCUGACGAAAGAGCGCGAUGAACUCAAGGCCGCAGCCGACACCGCAGACACACACGCACAGGACAUCGCAGAGCUGCGUGCGGCUGCUGAUGAGCACGCGAAGGCCGCAGCGGCGUGGGAGGAGAAGGAGGGCGAGAUGGCCGCGCGCAUUGAUGAGCUGUUGCAACAGAACCGAUCGCUCUCGGAGAAUUUGAGCGAGGCGGAGUAUGUGAGGAACACACUCAAGUCGCAGCUGAAGACACUCAGCGCUCCAACAGAGGAACGAGUGCUACAGCGCGCACGCGAGCUGUUCACUGCCGCCGAUCGCGACGGCAACGGCGUUCUCUCCCACCGUGAGCUCAAGCGCGUCAUCCACGACGAUGACAGUAUGCGCAGGGAGCUUGGAAUCGCGGGCCGCAGGUGGAAGGACUUCUGGGCGGAAAUUGACGCCAACGGUGACGGGCGGGUUGAUCUGCAGGAGCUGGAGCAGUACAUCACCGCACACGCCGCAAAGCUCUCAUCUGAUGCGGAUGACGAGGAGCAUGCGCGCCAGGUGGCGAAAAUCGCCGAGUUGGAGGAUGAGAUUGCACGCAUGCGCAAGCAGAAGGACAGCGCCACUGCCACAGUGACAGAGGAAAAGCAGAGCAUGAUGCACCGCAUGGACGACAUGAUGCAAGAAAAUUCAACCCUCAAGGAGCAGUUGGCCCAACAGCAGGAGGAGCUGGCAAAGCUGAAGGAAGAAGCGAAAGGUCUUCAACAACAACUCGACGCGGGCCAGACCGAAAGCUCAGCGCUGCGUGCGCGUGUUGAUGAGCUGGAGGCUAGCGCUCAGGAACUGCAAACCAGCCACGAUGAUGCCAUCGCCGCUCUGAAGCAGGAGCUGGCUGCGUCGCAGGAGCAGGUGGAGGCACUUGAGGCAGAGAAGCAAAGCGCUCUUGAUGCUGCCGCUGCUUCAAACGCGGACAUGGCCAGCCUGAAUGAGAAGCUCGCUGCUGCGGAGUCGCGCGCUGAGAAGGCAGAGGCCGCGCUCACAGCGGCGCAGGAGCAGAAGGAGAGCGUUGAAGCGUCGCUGUCGUCUCUGCAGGAAAAGCACCAAAAGCUGAAAGAUAAGGCGCAGUCGUGGCUGCGGGAAUCACAGGAGCACCGACAGGCGGUGGACGCGGCGGAGAAGGAGCGAGACGCCCUGCGCACACAGCUCGCCGAACUGCAGGCAUCUGUGCAGGAGGGCAGCGAGGAGGCAGCCAAGCAAGUGAAGCAGCAGAUGCAGGGACAGGUGAGCGAGCUGCAAGCGGCACUUGAGAGUGCACAGGAGGAGGAGAAGGCAGCAAGCGAUCGUGCGGACACAGCAGAGGCGCAGGUGAGCGAGCUGCAAGCGGCACUGGAGAGUGCACAGGAGGAGGAGAAGGCAGCAAGCGAUCGUGCGGACACAGCAGAGGCGCAGGUGAGCGAGCUGCAAGCGGCACUGGAGAGUGCACAGGAGGAGGAGAAGGCAGCAAGCGAUCGUGCGGACACAGCAGAGGCGCAGGUGAGCGAGCUGCAAGCGGCACUGGAGAGUGCACAGGAGGAGGAGAAGGCAGCAAGCGAUCGUGCGGACACAGCAGAGGCGCAGGUGAGCGAGCUGCAAGCGGCACUGGAGAGUGCACAGUCUGCGGGGGAGGAGGAUCGAGAGAAGCUUGCUGCCGAGACGACAACACAAAUGCAGCAGCUGCAAACGGCGCUGAAGGAAGCAGAGGACAAGCGAGAUGCACUGCAAGAGGAGCUAAAUACAUUGGACGCACGCGCACGUGAGCUGACAGCAGCAAAGGAGGACGCAGAGGCACGUGCCGCAACGCUGACCGACCAGGUGGCAGCAGCGAAGGCAGACAGGGAGGCACAGGCGAGCGCUGUGCAGCAGAAGGAAGAGGAGGUGGCGGCGUUGAAGGCGGAGGUGCAGCGGGUGCGCGGUGAGGCAGAGGCAGCCCACACGGCAGCCACACAGCGGUCGGAGGAGCAAGCGGGGAAGAUCAAGGAGUUGCAGGUGCACCUGACGAAGCUCAAGGGCAAGGCGGAGACGUGGCUGCGGGAGGGGCGGGCUGCGAUGGAGAAGGAGCAGGCGGUACGCGCUGACCUCGAGGCGACCACGACGGCGCUGCAAGCGGCGAGGGAGGAGGUCGCCUCGCUCAGGGAGAAGGUCGACGCCGCGUCCAGGCAGGCCGAGGAGCACCAGCAGUCCAGCGCAGGCGUACAGGAGCAGAUUGCACAACUGAAGGCCGAGCAUGAGGAGGAGCGGUCCUCCCUUCAAGCACAGCUGUCAGCGCUGCAAGUGGACAAGGAGGAGAGGGCGGAGCAGCUGCGUGCUGCACAGGAUGCGCGCAAGGAACUGGGGGAGGACAUGGCUGAAUUGACGGAAGCGCUGCAAUCGAAGGCGAGCGAAGCGGAGGCGGCGACGGGCAAGGUGGACGAGCUGACAGCGGAGGUGCAGAAGCUGGCACUGGAGUUGGAGGUCGCCCAGGGGAAGCUCGAAGACGCGCACGCGCAGCAGACGGAGGGCGAGACGGCGGCGUGCAGGGAGCGCGACGCCAUCGCCGCAGAGCUGGCGGAGGUGAAGGAGGAGCUGGCGACGGCCACGGAGGGCGCUCAGGCUGCCCGCGAGCAGGUGGAGGACCUUCAAGGACAGGUUGAAAGCCUGCAGGCAGCGCUGGCAGCAACGAAGGAGGACGGCGAGCAAUCCAGCAUCGCUGUUGCUGAAGAGAAGGAGACACAGCUGCAGGCGCUGCGCAGCGACUUGAAGGGGUUGCAGGCCACACUUGAAGCGAAAACGGAGGAGCAUCACACCGCCCUUGAGGAGGAAAAUAACUCCUUGAAGGUUCGCCUGUCAAAGUUGAAGGAGAAAGCCAAGGCCUGGCUGGAGGACAACAACCGCCUGCGCACAGAGCAAGAGGAUGGCGGGAAGCAGACGCAGGAGCUAGCGGCGAAGCUUGAUGCCGUGCAGGCACAGCACGCAGAGGCGGAGAAGACGAUUGAAGACCUUCAAGGACAGUUGGCAUCGCAGGUGCGCGCAAAUGAGGAGGGCGUGGCAGCGCUGCGGGAACAGCUUGAAGCCAAGGCAGACGACCUUGAGAAGCUUGAGGCAGCACGCGCUGCUGCUGUGCAGGCGCAAGAGGAAGCACAGAGCCGGGCGCAGCUGUACGAGCAGGAGAUGAACGCGGCCGUGGAGGCAACGCGGAAGCUGGAGGAGAAGUGUGAGCAGCUCAGCAAGGAGUUGGACACGGCCACGGAAGCAAAGCAGGCGAUGGAAAAGAAGGCUGAGGAGUGGAGCAGCGAGCGCGCGCAGUUGCAGGAAGCAACAGACGCGGCGAAGCAGAAGACAAACUUGUUUGACAAGUUUAAGGCCAAGCUGAAGGAGGUCAAGGGUGAACGCGACGCCCUGCAGAAGGAGAUGGACAGCGUGAAGCAGGCAAUGGAUGAGCGUGACGCCGCUGUCGCUGCUGCAAAGGAGGAAGCAGAGGCACAGCAGGCGCGCACAGAGGCCCUGGCACGAGAGGUUGCAGCUGCCACAGAGGCCAAGGAGGCGGCUGAAGCGAAGGUGGACGCGUUGGAGGGUGAGCUUGCAGCGGUGCGUGAGGCGCGCGACGAGCUGGCACAGCGCAUUGACGCACUGGAAGAAGAAGCACGCGCACAUGCACACGCACAGGAGCAGUUGGUGGAGGCGGAGGAGAAGGUGGCGGCGGUGCAGGCGGAGAAGGCAUCCUUGCAGGCACAGCUUGAAGCGGCGAAAGGUGAAGUAGAGACAGCACAGGAGGAGGGAAAGCAGGCGAAGGAGGAGAUGGCCCGGUUGGCUGCCACGCUAGACGAAGUGACCGCAGCGAAGGAGGAGAAAGAACAACAGGCAGAGGCACUCGCCGAGGAAAUGCAGGCGUUGAAGGAGGAAGUGAAGGCGCUUGAGAGUAAGGCGCGCAAUCAAGAGGAGCUGAACGAGCACUUGUCUGACCUUCGAGAGCAACUGAAGGACAAGGACGCGGCAGCGAGACAGAUGGACGAGCUGAAGGAGCAGCUGCGAGAGGCGAAAAAGGAGGCAGAGAAGGUGCCCCAGCUGGAGGAAGAUGCACAGAACAACGCAACGUUGAUUGCCAAGCUGCGCUCAAAGGCAAAGUCUGUCAUCACUUCCCUCAACGCGAAGAAGGAAGAGCUGCUACAGGCCCAGCAGGAGCUGGAUGCGGUGCGGGCGCAGCUGGCGGUGCGCGAUGAGUCAUCAGCAGCAGCGACAACAGAGAUGAAGGAGGAGAUGGGCGAGAUGCAGCAAGCACUGGAGGACACGGAAGUGCUGGUGGAGCGGCUCAAGGCUGAGAUGGCGGAGAGAGACACGCAGCUGGUAGCAGUGCGCAGCGAGCUUGAGCACAAGACGGCGGAAGCGGAGGAGAUUGCACGUGCACUUGAAGAGGAGCGAGCGGCACUGGCCGAGGUGAAGCUUGAGCUGCAGGUGGCGAAGGAGGAGGCGGACAGGGCACACGAGGACAAGCAGCACGCUGCACAGGAGACAGACGACCGCGCACAGAAGCUGGAGGCGCGGGUUGAAGCGUUGACACGCGAACGUGAUGAUCACGAGGCGGAGAUCAAGCAGCUGAAGCUCGCCAUGCAGGAUCGGGCGGCAGCUGAGGAAGGCGCUGCUGCGAGUGUUCGGCGUUCGUUUGAAUCGCUGCUUGCUGAUCUUGAACAACAUCUCGCCAUCAAAGACGACGACGAGGAGGAGGAGGAAGCCGAUGAAGAAGAUGGUGAUGGCAGUGGUGCCGGCAGUGAGAUGCAGCUGCAGGCGCGCGCCCGUCGCAUUGUGGCGAUGGUCGCUGAUCUCGUUGUCAGUGCAGCCGCACACGACGAGGAGAAUGAUGAUGAGGAGAACAGGCAACGCGACGAGCAGCAAGCACAGGCGCUCGAGGCGAAGGUCGAACAACAGCAGCAACACAUUGCUGAGUUGACAGAGGCGGCGACAGAGCGGGAAGCCGCGUUGCAAAAGCUACAGCAGCAAGUGGACGAACUCCAUGAUGCGCUAACAGCCCGCGACGAGGAAAUCCAGCAGCUGCAACACGAGCUGGAUGUGAAGACGCAUCAGCUUGCGCUGCAGGCCAGCCCCGAGACUGCGCUUGGCAGUGACUUAUCCACGCAGCAGCAGCAGCAGCACAUCCAAGACCUCAAGGAUCGACUCGCUGUCCUCCAACAGCAAAAGUCCGACACCGAUAACCAACUGCUGUAUCUCAAGAACGUCGUUUACCAAUACAUGCUUGGCUCCCACCAGGAGGAGUUGGCCAAGGUCAUUUCCACGAUACUGCAGUUCACCCCAAAAGAGCACGAAGAGGUGUUGCACUCCACGACGUCUCGCACCCGAGGAUGGUUGGGCCUCAUGCAGCCCGCAUCAUCAUAG